AUGCAGAGGGCAAGUAUCAAAAAUAAUCGUUGGUUCAAUUGGCAUGAGCUCGGCGUAUCUAAGGAGGAGAAACGUCUAAUAUUCAAGUUGGACAUUUUCAUUCUCAUUUACGGAUUUUUAGACCAAAAAAACGUGAACAACGCCUAUGUCUCCGGCAUGAAAGAGGAUCUCGGACUACAAACUGUGCUCUGGUUCACCACAUAUUUCAAUAUUGGGAUCAUUCUGGGCGGCCCUUUCUUUACUGGGGCCCUGACGGUGAUAAGGCCUCGAUAUUGGUUGCCUUCAUGCACAAUUGCAUGGUCUUUCAUCGUUCUGUUUAUAUACAAAACCGGAGAUUCUAAAACAAUAUACAUAUUACGAUUCUUUGCUGGAAUCUUCGAAUCGGGUGCAAUGCCGGGUGCAUUUUACAUGAUCGGAAGCUGGUAUCGCAAAUCAGAGAUCAGCCGCCGUUUGACUCUGUUGGCUUUCUCCUCGAUCGGAGCCAGUAUGUUUUCCGGAUAUAUCCAAACAGCACUACACCGGAACAUGAAUGGUAGACUUGGCCUUGAAUCUUGGCGCUGGCUAUUUAUUCUUAGUUUUAUUCUUGGAAUCCCGAUCGCGUUGUUUGGUUUCCUUUGCUGUCCUGACGAGCCGAAGUCGCCCAAGCCCUGGUGGAUGACAGAGCGCGAACAGGAUAUUGCCAUAGCCCGCAUGGCAAAUGAAUAUCGUGAUACUUACUAUUCUAUCUUAAGUACUAUUGAAACACCGGUGCAGCAAAUAGUGUUCCCAACUAGUCAAGCCCCUCGGUACCUCCAAACCCAUGGCUACAUACUCAGCACUGCCGCAGUCGCGGCGAUGAUAGCCUGUGCUGUGUCAUGUUGCUUUUGA